AUGUGGCGCGACCGCAUUUCUGGCCAGACAACUCCUGCCGGAGCGAAUAGCCGCAACCUUUCUCCCCUACCCUUACCCCGACGAUCAUCAUCCCAGCUCUCCCCGAGUCCCUACAAUCGUCCUGGCGUGACGUCCCGAACCUCCUCGACAUCUCUUCUUGCGACCCCAAACGAAUCUACCACAUCAUUGCCAGGUACUGCGCGUGGGGCCAAUGGAUCCCCAUUGAAGCAGACAAGUAUUCAACGCCCUCGGCCGGCCAAUGUUCCCGAUCCGCUAGAGGUGUUGAAUGGGAUCAUUGGCAAAGAAUCCCAAAUCGCUAAGAAUGUUCCCACAUUAUCCUCGGACGUGGGAAGACCAGCGCAACUGGUGGAAACCAUUCGAUUCGAUGGGCUGAGUCUCGAGGAAUUCCUGGAAAAGGAGGAACCGACACCGCGGAGACAGACUUUGGAUAACGACAUCAAUGCACAAACCGUCCAACAAUUUGAAAAAGAACGGGAUCGGUUUCAGGAGCUGCACACAUCAAUCACUGGUUGCGAUGAGGUUUCCAAGUCAGUUGAGCUGUACUUGAACGAUUUCCAAAAUGAACUGGGUGCUGUGUCAGCAGAGAUUGAAACGUUACAAUCUCGAUCAACUCAAUUGAAUGCAAUGCUAGAGAAUAGGCGAAGUGUGGAAAGACUGUUAGGUCCUGCCGUUGAGGAGAUCAGCAUCUCUCCGAAAGCCGUGCGGACAAUUGUCGAAGGUCCGAUGGAUGAGAACUGGGUCCGCGCUUUGAAUGAGAUUGAUACUAGAACCACAAACAUUGAAGCAAAGGCAGCUGCAUCCAACAACGGAUUUAAGGCUGUGGAGGACGUUCGACCGCUUUUGACAGAUGUCAAAAACAAGGCCGUCGAAAGAAUCAGAGACUACCUGGUAUCUCAGAUCCGCGCAAUGCGCUCACCAAAUAUCAAUUCACAGAUUAUCCAACAACAGCGCUUGGUCAAGUUCAAAGAUCUAUACAGCUAUCUUUCGAAGGCCCAUCCAAAGCUAGCAGGGGAGAUCUCUCAGGCUUACAUCAACACAAUGCGCUGGUAUUACACGUCGCAUUUCACCCGCUAUCUUCAAGCCCUCGAUAAGAUCAAGGUCUAUCCUCCCGAUCGAAAUGAAGUGCUUGGAGGUGAUCCCUCUACACAUCGGACAGGUAACAUAAUCCCGGGCGGCCGAGCUGGCUCUGUCGCACAUGAUCCUUUCUCCUUGGGCAGAAGAAUUGACAUUCUCCGAACCGGCAAUCUUCAAGCUCUAACCUCUUAUCUGGCUGAAGAGGAUAAUACUUAUCAUGGCAUUGAAGUUCCCUUCCGCAAUUUCAACCUUGCUUUGGUGGACAACAUUUGCUCCGAGUACUCUUUCCUUACAGAAUUUUUCUCCGCAAAAACGUUCCACCAAAUUUCUCGCAACACCGUGGAAAUAUUCCAACAGGUCUUCAAUUUAGGCCAGGCCCUGACCAAAAAGUUGAUUGAACAAACCACAGACUCGCUAGGAGUUCUAAUGUGUGUUCGUCUUAAUCAGCAUUCUGCAUUCGAGCUCCAGCGUCGCAAAGUCCCAGUCGCAGACUCUUACGUGAAUGGAACGAACAUGCAAUUAUGGCCGCGUUUCCAAGUUAUCAUGGACCACCAUGGCGAGUCACUGAAACGCGUUGGGUCCAACACUGGGCGAAGUGCUGUUUCGGCACUUUCUAUUGCAGGCGGAGAUGACCUGAAGCAGUCAUCGGCACCCCACUUUUUGACCCAGCGAUUUGGACAGCUUCUCCAUGGAAUUCUGGUUUUGAGCAGUGAUGCCGGCGACGAUGAGCCGGUAUCUAACAGUCUGGCUCGGUUGACGGCUGAAUUCGAUUCGCUUCUGGCCAAGUUGAGCCGUAAUGGCACUGAUGCCAAGCGAAGAGAACGUUUCCUGUUCAACAAUUAUUCUUUGAUCCUAACCAUCAUUAGUGAUACCCAAGGCAAACUAGCGACUGAGCAGAAACAGCAUUUGGAUGAGAUGUUAAGGAAUAGCACCAAACGAUAG